AUGGAAGAACUAUUCGGAACUGCCCCUAUACUCUCAAAAUCAGGAGAAGUCAGCCCAUCUGAAGGAUUCAAGGAUGCCAAAGUCAUUUGUAUAUACUUCAGUAUGCACAACUGCCCACCAUGCAGGGAAUUCACUCCAAUCUUCGCCGAAUUGUACAAUGAAACAAAUGAGUCAGAAAAACAAAUUGAAGUUAUCUUUGUGUCAGGUGACAAAACUCAAGAAGAAUAUGAAUUGUACUAUGGGGAAAUGCCAUGGCUUGCACUACCAAAAGGUGAUUCCAGACUACCUAGUCUCGCUAAGAAAUUCGAAGUCAAGGGAGUCCCUAGACUUAUUGUUUUAAAGCCAGAUGGUACAGUGAUAAACAACAGUGCUGUUCAAAAGGUAACCCAAGAGGGACCAGCAGCUAUCUAAGAAUUCCUCAGUGCAUGA